GCGCCUGCGCUGCAGCAAAAGGCGGGUACCUCGGGCAAGAUGGCCGCCAAGAAUUUUGCAUUCGGCGUGAAAGGCUCCCGGCGCUUUUUACGUGGCUUCGUGGCCGGAGCCGUAGUGGGCGCCGCGGGCGCAGGGCUCACGGCCUUGCAGCUCCUCCGAAGUCAGGGCGCUGAGGCCGCGGUGGCGGUGAGGGAGCCGGAAGGUUCUGCAGAAAAGUCUGUCCUGGGACUAUUUGGAUUUCCUCUGAGUGGAACAGAGACUAGGUUCUACACUAACCAUGCCUUGUCUUACGACCAGUCAAAGCGGGAGCCUAGAUGGGUCCUUGAGCACAUAUCCAAGAGCAAGAUAAUGGGUGAUGCAGACAGAAAAGAUUGUAAGUUCAAGCCUGAUCCCAGCAUCCCUCCGACCUUCAGCGCCUUCAACAAGGACUACAUUGGAAGCGGGUGGUCGCGGGGGCACAUGGCCCCGGCCGGAAACAACAAGUUCUCAGCCAAAGCAAUGGCUGAAACCUUUUACCUUUCUAAUAUUGUGCCUCAGAAUUAUGAUAAUAAUGCCGGAUAUUGGAACAGAAUUGAAAUGUACUGUCGAGAACUGACAGAGAGGUUCGAGGAUGUUUGGAUAGUGUCCGGACCGUUGACCUUGCCGCAGACCGGAAGCGAUGGGAAGAAAAUAGUUAGUUACCAGGUGAUCGGUGAGGACAAUGUGGCGGUCCCCUCGCACCUUUAUAAGGUGAUCCUGGCGCGCAGAAGCCCAGCGUCUACCGAGCCGCUGGCCCUGGGGGCCUUCGUGGUGCCCAACGAAGCCAUUGGCUUCCAGCCCCAAUUAAGUGAAUUCCAAGUGAGCCUUCAGGACCUGGAGAGGCUGUCGGGGCUGGUGUUCUUCCCUCACCUGGACAGAGCCGGCGACAUCAGGAAUAUCUGUUCCGUGGACACCUGCAAGCUCCUGGACUUCCAGGAGUUCACUCUGUACCUGAGCACCAGAAGGGUCGCGGGAGCCCGGUCCGUACACAGACUGGAGAAGGUCAUGGAAAACCUGAGGAACUUAGGGAUCGAACCCGAUGAUUACUUCAUGAGCUGCUAUGAGAAGAAGCUAGAAGAACUCAAAGCUAAGGAGGAGGCAGGGCGCCUGGAGAGGAAGCCCUCCUAGUUUUUGCCUCGGAAGUGCGAUGCCGUCCGUGCUGAGCAGGCGUGCCCUCUUCAGGCUCAUGUGUUGUGGCGGCUCGGCUGGUUC